GAAUUAUUGACCUAAAGUCAGCCAGGGUUUAUGUUCCUUGGCACCAUUGAUGCUCAGUCAGAGCUGACAUCUAAACAGAAUGCCAUAAGCCUCUCCUCUCGCACAUACAACCACCUUGAUCGUGCCACUAACAAAAAACUGACUUGUGAGAAGUGUCCUGCAGGAACCUAUGUGUCUAAGCAUUGUACAAUGACAACGGUAAGAGAGUGCAGCCAUUGUGCCAGUGGGACCUUCACAAAGCAUGAAAAUGGAGGAGAGAGCUGCCAUUUGUGUAGAAAGCCUUGUGAGCAGCCGAUGGUUGAGAGGGCACCUUGUACGGCUUUGGCUGACCGUGAAUGCACCUGCCCAUCUGGCAGCUUUCUGAAUGACAGCACCUGCACCCCUUAUUCAGUCUGCCCCAUUGGAUGGCGCUUAAGAAAGAAAGGAACGGAAACUGAAGACAUCAGGUGCAAACCGUGCCCCCGUGGCACUUUCUCUGCAGUGCCUUCUAGUCUGUUCAGAUGCAAAACAUUUACCAACUGUGCACAAAACAACAUGGUGGUGAUAAAACCAGGGACAAAAGAGAGUGACAACAUCUGUGGAUUUCAGUCAACUUUCCAGAAUGCAGCUGGGCUUUUGUCAAGUCCAGAGAAGGACGAACGACGGCACACGUUUUAUUCUACUACUUUUCUUCCCAAAGGUGUGAACUCUUCAGCUUCCAACUUUGCUGUCACUCCUCCCCCAAGUUCAUACACUGAUGUGAUGGAGCCAACAGAUAUUUACAAUGGAACCUCAAAGAAUGAGACAGUAGCAGUUAAUGUGACUGUUCUGGAAUAUCCUAAGCCUUUAAAUCACCAGCAAAUCCAUUACCACAAGCAUACGCCUUCCAUUCUUAAAAUGCAGCCAGCCCUGGAGAUGAGUAGUAGUGUAAAAUCCAGCAUUCCAUACAAAACCCCCAAAAGAGGAUCCCCGAGACAGGCCUCCCACAAGCAUUUUGAUAUCAACGAACACUUGCCGUGGAUGAUAGUCCUGCUACUGCUACUUGUUCUAGUCGUGAUAGUUGUGUGCAGCGUCCGGAAAAGUUCACGGACUCUAAAGAAAGGGCCAAGGCAAGAUCCCAGUGCAAUUGUGGAAAAGUCUGUUUUGAAAAAAUCUUCUACCCCAAUCCAAAACAGGGAGAAAUGGAUCUACUAUUGCAAUGGACAUGGCAUUGACAUUCUGAAGCUGGUAGCAGCUCAAGUUGGAAGCCAAUGGAAGGACAUCUACCAGUUCCUGUGCAAUGCAAGUGAGCGGGAGGUGGCAGCUUUUGCCCAUGGGUAUUCUGCAGACCAUGAAAGGGCUUAUGCUGCUUUACAGCACUGGACCAUCAGGGGCCCUGAAGCCAGCCUUGCCCAGCUGAUCAAUGCUCUCCGCCAGCAUAGGCGCACGGAUGUGGUGGAGAAGAUCAGGGGGUUGAUGGAAGAUACGACACAGCUUGAAGCUGACAAAUUGGCCCUUCCUGUAAAUCCGGUUCCUCUCAGCCCCACUCCCAAUUCACAUCCAAAUCCAGAUGCUGCCAUUAUCCCUGUGGAACCAUCUCCCAUAGAGAAGAACAAGUGCUUCUUUGUGGAUGAGUCGGAACCUCUUCUGCGCUGCGAUUCAACUUCCAGUGGCUCUUCUGCUCUUAGCCGAACAGGCUCUUUUAUUACCAAAGAAAAGAAAGACACGGUGCUGCGCCAGGUACGCCUGGACCCCUGUGACCUGCAGCCCAUCUUUGACGACAUGCUUCACAUUCUGAACCCAGAGGAGCUGCAUGCCAUCGAGGAGAUUUCACAGGCAGAGGAUAAGCUGGACAGGCUUUUUGAAAUCGCUGGUGUCAAGAGCCAGGAAGCGAGCCAGACGCUCUUGGAUUCAGUCUACAGCCACCUGCCUGAUCUGCUUUAGACCUUGGUCACCCAAUGCCCUCUGCACCUACACUCUGGCUGCUACUUGUACUAGCUUGGCAUUUGCUAAAGAUGACAUGCAGGCAGGAUAUUUUGUAGAAUUUGUGGCCAGUAUUUUCUUCUAGGUUUACUUUUUUUGAGUGAGGGGGGGAGAGUUUGGAAACCUUUGCACCCCUUCAUGUUUAUUAUCUAAAUUAAACAAUUUUCCCUUCUACAUUUCAACAUCUUAAUUUCUCAUUCAAAUUUGUCAUUUUAACCACUUAAACAUACAAAUCUUUUGUUCAUAUUUGUGUUGAGUUUGGAUUUGUUAUUAUCUACUUCUAAU